CCGUGGGAAUCUAAGGGUAAAUAGCUUCACACCAACAUUGAACCACAUGUUGACAUAGUAUAAGUGUGGUUCUCAAUUGAUUAAUUUUACACUUGUUGAUAGCCCGUCUAACUGUAAGGAUCACUAUUCAUAUAUGAAACUGGACAAAUAUGUUUGAAAUGGACAUUCACGAUAGAGAAAACACUUCAAUGGAGGAAAAACUGUCAAGAAAGAGUAAAAAGCCAUUGAUGGAAAAGAGACGAAGAGCCAGAAUUAACAAUUGCUUGCUUCAGCUCAAAUCACUUGUCUUACAAGCAAUGAAGAAAGAUGCUACACACUAUUCAAAACUAGAGAAAGCUGACAUUUUGGAAAUGACUGUGAAAUAUCUCCGUUCUAUGCAAAGACGACAGAUAACGUCUGCUAUGGCUGCCGAUCCAACUGUUGCCGCAAAAUACAGUCUUGGAUACGCUGAAUGUGCAAGUGAAGUCGCGCGAUAUCUCGGUGCUAGUCAAGGUAUAAAUGACAAUGUAAGAAAUCGUGUGAUGAAUCAUAUUUCUGGCUGUACUCGAGGCUCAACAGCUGGACCUGUCAAUAAUGGACAAAUACCUCUACAACCUUUACAUGUGCAAAUUCCACAGAACAGUCAUGAUGUAAUGUCAAUACCUUCAGAACGUCUGCUUGUACAAUUCCCAGAACAAACCAAUGACUAUACACAUCAACAUAGUGCUUAUUCUGUGUCGCAUUCAGAUUAUCGUCCCGAGUCGAAAACAUUUGAACCAGUUUUAUUACAAAGUGGACAUAUGAUAACCCCACAUUCAAAACAGAAUGGUGUAUCCUCUCAUCAUCUGAAAUGCGAUGUGUAUUCAAAUCAAAGCAAAUUUAUGGACCUCAUUCGAGACUCUAGAUUAGACAAUAAAAGUGCUCUGUCGGAACCUAUUUGUUUUAAAAUGGAAAUGUCUCGCCACCGCUCUAGUCCCUCUACUUCAUCUUCCUUAAGUGCCUUGAAAGACGAACCAGUAUGGCGGCCUUGGUGAUGAUGGUUCGAUUUGUUUACUAAAACUCUAUUUUUAUAUCAAAACUUUGAAGUGCUUUAAUGACAUUUAUAUUUUUGUUAUAAUAUUGUGAUGUUUACUGCUGAAAUAAAUACCAUUAAAUUUG